AUGAAGGAGCUCACCGAGGGGACAAUCUAUUCUCAUGUUCAGAGUGCGGGAAAUGUUUCACUAAGAAAGGAAAUUUAA